AUGAUCACCAAUGUUACAAGGAUGAAAAGUUUCCUCAUCCUUGGAUUUCCAGGACUUUCACCACAGUAUUAUGGACCUGUAUCAGCUCUGCUUUUUUUCAUUUACUUAGCUAUUGCAGUGGGAAACAUUUUCAUUCUAUCAUUUGUUGCUUAUGAAAAGUCCCUGCAAAAACCAACAUAUCUGGUCUUUUGUCACCUGGCACUGAACGAUUUAACAUUCGGCACUUUGACACUGCCAAAUAUCAUAUAUAGGUAUUGGUUUGAUAAUGGCACUAUUUCAUUUUAUGGUUGUUUUACUCAGAUGUUUUUUGUUCAUUAUUUGGGAUCAGCUGUGUCUUUCAUCUUGUUGGUAAUGGCUCUUGAUCGAUUUAUUGCAAUUUGUAUUCCUCUCCGUUAUCCUGUUCUAGUUACAAACAAAAUCAUAUCUGUGCUGUGUGGGUUUGCUUGGUUCAUACCUCUGCCUUUGAUGGUAGCUAUUGUACUCCAUGCCCUAACUUUGUCUUUCUGUAAAUCAAACAUCAUUGCUCAAUGCUACUGCGACCACAUAUCUAUAACAAGCCAGGCAUGUGGAGAGAAUGUUAGAAUUGUUGUAGUCACUUCACUGUGUGUAGCCAUGUUUUGUCUUUUGCUUCCUCUUGCAUUCAUUUUGUUUUCCUACAUUUCUGUUAUUGUGGUUAUUUUGAAAAUGUCCAGUGAUGCAGGGCGCAAAAGAACCUUAUCCACUUGUACUCCACAAAUAUUCAUCACAUGUCUCUUUUACCUACCCAGAUGUUUUGUUUAUGUGGCUACCACUGUUGGAUUUUCUUUCAGCUUAGAUAUUCGGAUUGUGUUAAUAUUGCUGUAUAGUCUUCUUCCAGCUGCUCUGAAUCCAGUCAUAUAUUGUUUCAAGACUAAAGACAUUAAGCACACUUUGAUGAAGAGGCUGCAAAAAGCGAAAAUUGGAAUUGAGAUAAAGAUAUGGACUAACAAUUGUUACUGA